CUCUCUCCGUGAGCCAUCUCCAGCAGCUGACGGAUGACAAUUCCAAACUGACCAUUGCCCACGAAAUUCUCAGCGGUGACUUCAAGCUGCAGGCGGCCAGCCUCUCCCCAGACGGGCACGUGUGCGUCCGGGCUCGGCUCCGUCACCUCACAGCAGCCCUGGAAACCAGAGUGAAGGAGACAUUGCACAAAUAUCCCUUCUGGGACAGCCUGGAGGAACAGCUCUCUGCUAGUUCCCUGGACUGCGCUCGGGCAAUCCAGCUGCUGCAGGAGGUAAAAGAGGCUCUGCUGGCGUUGCUGCUGCCACGGCACAACCAGCUGCGAACCCAGAUUGAGGAGGUCUUGGACACGGAGUUGAUGAGCCAGGAGGCGGAGCACGGGGCUCUGGAUAUCCUCCGUCUCGCCACCUACAUCCUCGGCACGAUGGCAAGGCCGCGCGUGCCCGUUCGGGGUGAGGAAGUACGAGGGUUGCGAAGCCUCGCAGACCCAGCUCGACUUCUCAGGGAGAUUUUCCGGGUGUCGGGCCUGAUGAAAAUGAAUUUUACCGUCCAGAGCCUCCGCACUCACUGGCAAGACCACACCGUCCAGUAUGAGCAGAAGAAAUUCCAGGAUCUCUUGGAUAAGCUGCCCAGUAGCCUGGACGGCACACGAGAGCGGCUGUGCAGAGCAGCAGCAGAAGUGCCCGCGUCCCAGGCGCCGGCCCAGCCGGGCCGGCAGGCAGUGCCGGCCGGGGCUGUCGGUGGUGGCAGCACGGUGCCAAGCCUCAGGGCCGUGCUAAAUCGAGGAUACAUGAAUCUGCUCUGCUGGGAGCCUCGGCAAAAGGAACACCCUGAGAUGCUGUUUAUGGAUCGGGCCCGGCUGCAGGAAGUACAGGCGCAGCUCAAGCAGCUUGACGUCCUGCCCAUCACCAGUGGCACAUGUGGAAGCACCUUGCGUGGCUCACCUGGGUUUGUAGCUAGGCUGAAACAGGUAACAAAGGUCCUCUUGGAAGGGCUGUCUUGUAUUAGGUAUGAAGACGCUUUAGAAGACAUCAGCGACCAGGUGCUCCGGGAAGUCAGCAGGACUCUCUCCCAGCUGGGUCACCCUGCUUUUACCCCUGCCAAGUGUGCUUCCCUGAAAGGCCAGAUAAAAAGCAUCACGGACACAACGCAGUCCGGCGUAUCAUCGGUGAAGCAGCGGAUUCACUCCUUCCUCAGCCUUUUCAUUUCCUCUGAUGGACACUCUCCAAAAGAUUUCCCGAAGGGCCUUGAUCCUGUUCAGGAAGAGCUGCUGGAUGUUGGGUGCAGGUUUGGAAGCGCGAUCCGCCGCAACAGGCAGGUGUUCGGACCGUUCUACUCAGGAAUUCGCAGGAAGUUGCUUCUCCCGGACACAGAACCCGACUCGGCUGAAGGGAUGGAUUCUUUCUCAUCAUCAGCACCACAAAGGGCAGCUGCGACCUACGCGCAGCCAGCGCUGCCCAUCCACCGCCCGACCUUCUCUCGCUCCUGGGAUUUGCGGAGCGGAGAAGUGCAGGCGGGUGGAGGUACGGACGUUGGGUCAGAGGUGCGCCCCGAAGGGGCCGUGCCUCCGCCCGGCGAGGGGGACAGGCACGUACCCCACGAGAUAAUUGCCUCCGAAAAGAACAAGCCCAAAGCAAGUUCAGAGACAGCUGAACAGCCAAGCGCCUGCGCGGGGCUCAGCGCGAGCAGCUGGAGGAGAGGGAGUUUAGAAGAGCAGACAGAUCAGAUCGCAAAGGCACGGUUAGACUAG